AGACACCGCUUUAGUUCACUUUGGGGUCACCACCGGUCAAAGUACUUGUGUCCGAUAUUGGCCAAAAAAAUACCGAGUACCGGUAUAUCGGGGGAAAAAAAUACCGAAUAGUUGGGUACUCGGCAUACCGAGUAGAUGCUCGUGUCUUCUAGUCUUCUUGCGCUCAAUAUCGAAGACCACUACUCUAAAGGCGUGUGGCCACUAGCAUAGUUUUUCGAACAAGUUCUAUGCCAUAGUCCAUUUAUUACCAGAAACAACUGACUUUUUCAGUGAUAACUGGGAAUAAUCUAGAUGUUUCUGGUAAUAAAUGGACUAUGGCAAUGGCAUAGAACUUGUUCGAAAAACUAUGAUAGUGGCCACACGCCUUAAUCGACAAUUUCGACAUUAAACUUUUAAAGAGAUUUAAUUACUAGGCUGAAUGAAAAAUAUCUAAAUUCGUUGUAUUCAUAUCAAUAUGGGUCAAGUUAUCAGUCAAUUAGUUAUAUUAGAAAACUGUAACUUUAUUUUGACAAGUGUGAUAGUUGGAUUUUUUGCCAUAGGCUUGUUUUCAUUAUGGAAAAAUCUACUAUGGCUAUUUGUUUUCAUACUGUUAACAAUAUCUUGUUUUUUUGUUGGUCCUUCUGUUGUGAUGUUGAUCCAUGUCGCCUUGUCAACUUUGCACCAAACUGGCGGUGGAUCAGAAAAGACAGUAGCUGAAAUUGAGGCAUUUAGUAAACUACUUAUGAGUGGAUUUGAAAAAAAACUAUCAAAAGAAAAUCACAAACCAUUAAAAUACCCAAUGAUAUUAUCACGUCCAGUUGAUGCAGCUCUUCAAAACUUACUUGAACUUGCAUUUCGUGACUUCAUCAACACUUGGUUGAAUGAUUUGGCUUUAUAUCCUGAAGAAAUAACUGAAAAAAUCAAGCAAGAUAUUUGGGGAUCUCUUGAAAGUCUCUAUGAACGUUUUUCCAGAAUCGACUUAACUAAACUAAUUGCCUGCAGCAUCGUCAACAAAGUAAUAUUUCAUUUUGAAAAAAUUCGUCUUGCACAGUCAACGGCCGGUGAAGGUGACAAUCCAAAUUUCAUUCUGUCCUCUCACCUGACCUCCAAGGAAAAAGAACUUAAUUUUUUACGUAAAGUAUCAGAAGUUUUUGUUUUAUUUUUUUUACCAAGAAGCUAUUCAUUAUCGCCAACAAAAUAUCUUCUUCGUGAAAUUAUAGCAUGUAAAAUUUUGAAGCCCGCUAUUGAUUUGAUAACAGAUCCUGACUAUAUAAAUCAAAAAAUUUUAGUUUAUAUUGAACAGCAAAAGUUGACUGCAGCAAUGCAUCGUAAAACUUAUGAAUAUGCUGAGUCGUUUGAAGAUUUUGUCAGAACAAUUAAAAAUACAAAUGAUAUUGAAAUUUUAAAACACAUCAAAUACAAUAUUGUUACGGAAAUAAUGCAAGCAACGACGAUUCAAAAUGUCAAAAGGUCCCAGGGUCUAGAUCCUGAGAGUAAUACACUUGGAAGAUCUGAUGUAGAUCAAGCGAAUAAAUUAAAACGUUAUAUAAGCCAAUUAACAUACGCUAAAGAAACGUGUGAGAACCAUAUGCGAACACUUGGUUGGGAUGGGUUCUCAAUCGACUGUGAUAUUAUUGAUCCAACAGCGACUAAUGAUACAAAAAUUUUAUCGCUACAAGCUGUUCUCGAGAAUGUUAUUGGCCGUAAAUAUCUUUCUCAAUUUCUUGAACAAGUUGCAUGCCAUGAUUUACUUGGUUACUAUGCUGCUGUCCAAGAAUUGAAAAGUGCUGAUAAAUCAAAUUGGCAUCAGCUCGGUGCUGAAAUUUUUUAUACUUACAUCAAAUCAACAACAGCUGAAAUAAAAGUUGAUAAAAAUGUAAGAAAACGAAUUGAGGCAUUUUUACUUGGUGACAAAGGUCCAGAUAUUUUUUACGAAAUCCAAGAUGAUGUUGUCAAAACGUUGGAGGAAAAAUAUUAUACUUCAUUUCUAGUCAGUGAACAAUAUAACAGAAUGUUGAAGGAAUUAUCAAAUAUAGUUGAUGGUACAUCAGAUGAUCGUCGAAAUUCAGAUGGUGCUAUUCUCGAAUCAGCGACGCUUUUAGUUGGUGAACACUCGAAUUAUGCGCGUAGUAAACUUGAUCAAUUGCAAGAAAAAUUGAGUAAUAAAAUGCAAGCCCUCCAAGCUUUAAAAUCAUCAUUGAAACCUGAAAGUCGAGUACUAAGUGUUUUGGCAAAAGAAGUUGAAUGGCUUCAGGGUGAAAAAAGACAGCUUGAAGCACAUUUAACACACACAGAAAUGUGGUCAAAGCAUCUAGGUCGGUGGCGAGCUGAUGUACAAAGUGCUGAAAUACCUGACAAUGGUGAUCCACCACAAUUUAUUCUUGUUGUCCACAUGGUAGAAGAUGAAACAAGCCCAGAUGGCAUCACUACGGGGUGGGUUGUCUUUCGAACAUUGCCAGAAUUCCAAGAAGUUCAUAGGAAACUUCGUCAACUGUGCUCAAGUGUUAAAAACCUUGAAUUACCUUCUCAACCACUUAAAUUCUUCGGCAAAACUGAUAAAAAUUCAUUGGACAAAGCAAAAUUACAAACUCAAAAAUAUUUAAAUUUUGUUUUAAAGGAUGAUAAAUUAAAUCAGAGUGAGGCUUUAUAUGCAUUUUUGAGUCCAAGUUCAGAACAUCUAAAACACACUUCAACAUCACCUAAAAAAUCGAGAUUUUCAUUUUCAACAUUGUUUAAAACUAAUUCUGGAACGAGUGUUGAUUCAAAAGAAAAAGAUGAUGAAGACGAUUAUUCACUACUGGUUGAUGACAAUGAAAAUGGUAAAACAGUUCCAGAAGGAUAUCUAGGCACUGGUAAAGACGCAAUAGCUGAACCACUCUACGCCUUCUUGGGUGAAAUUUUUGAUUUACGUGGGGUUUUUCGCUGGGUUAGAAGAUCACUUAUAACAUUUGUUCAAAUAACAUAUGGACGAACAAUUAAUAGACAAAUUAGAGACAUGGUUAGUUGGGUUUUUUCUGAAGCGAUGCUUCAUUAUUAUAUUCAACUUUUUACUAAAUCGUGGUGGCCAAAUGGACAACUCGCAUUGAGUCCACCGUCGAAGACAGACGAGGGUAAAUUGAAAACUCGGGGUGAAGCUAGAAAACAAUUUUUAGAUAAUUUGCCCGAAGUUCUUACUAGCCUUGUUGGAGUUGAAAGUGCGCAAAGAGGAGCAACUAAAGUUUUUGACACACUUCAAAAUGUCAAUCUCAAUAAACAGCUAUUUUACGAUGUUAUUACAGUAUUAAUGUAUGAAGUAUUCCCUGAGCUUGAUCAGAUAUCAAAACACAACAAGUCUAAUAGAAAGCUAGUCAUAUAAUAUAAACAUGUUCAAAGUUAACUACAGGAUUACUAUUUACUAAUAUUAUAUUAUGUGUAACAUAUGAUAAAACUAAAAUUUGAUAAGGACAAAAAUAAACCAAAGAAAAAAGUUAAA